CAAGUUUUUAAAGACCCUCCCGCUUCGAACCAGAACUCAUCACUUCCGCAACGAAAUCCCGAGAAAUCACACGAAGUUCGAAACGGGAGCUUGAUCUCGUCGCCAUGGACUCCUCUCCGCCUCCGGCCAUGGAAUCCCUGGCCAUGACCGCGGCGAAGGUUCGCUCUUUGCUCUGUAAAUCCCAAGCCAUCACCAACUCAAUGGUCUACACUCUGUCAUCCUUCGAUAACCGCCUCUCUGCUCUCCAGGCCUGCAUGCGCCCCAUCCAGGCGCACACUGAUGUCCUCUGUAGGGCUGAAAUGAACAUCACAACGACGUUGAAUUCAAUCGAGGGUAUUAUCAGGAAGUUCGAUAUCGCUCACCAGCUAGAGGAUCAUAUCCAGAAAGGGCCACAAGAUAAUAUAAAAAGUUACUUCAAAGCUAUUGACGAGUUGAGAAGUAUCAACACUUUCUUUAGCUCCAACAAUAACUUGAGGAGCACCAAUGAGGUGUUUAUUAGAACCAACAAUGCUUUUGAAAUGGCUGUUCAGAAGCUGGAAGAGAAAUUUAAGAUGCUUCUAGAAUCUUACAGCAAACCGCAGAAACGUCAGCAUCUUAUUGAUUCGCUUCCCAGUUCUCUUCAAUCAUCAUCAGGUUCAUCUGGAAAACAAGAUAAAAAUGGAGCCAAGAACUUGAAGAAUGCUGUCUAUAAGCUGCCAACUCUCAUUCCUCCAUUGAUGUCACAUCAACUUCGUGAAUUAACUAAGCAGCUUGCUCAAGUUGAACGCAAUCAGCAGUGCUUGAAAAUUUUCAAAGUAGCUCGUUCCUUGGCUUUAGAAAGGAACCUUGAAAAAUUAGGAGUUGAGAAGCUAGAUGAAGUUGACUUACAGAAGAUGAAAUGGGAUGUGCUAGUAAAGAAAAUUGGGGAUUGGAUACAAGCUAUGCGAAUUGCAGUUAAAGUGCUCUUUGUUGCUGAACAAAAAGUUUCUGAUCAAAUUUUUGAUGACAUUCAUUACAUCAAGGAUCAAUGUUUUGCAGAAGUAACUUCAAAUAGUAUGACAAUGCUGCUUAAUUUUGGAGAUACUAUUGCUAAGAGUGAAAGAUCACCCGAGAAAUUAUUUGUUCUUCUGGACAUGUAUGAAGUUAUGUUGGAACUUCAAGUUGAGAUUGAAACAAUUUUCAGUGGUGACAUGUGCUCCAAGAUCAGAGAUUCUGCAUGGGGUUUGACAAAAUGUUUAGCACAGGCAGCUGGUGAAACCUUUGAUACUUUUGAGGGAUCUGUUGGAAGUGAUGCAACAAAAACAACAUGUUUUGAUGGAAGUGUUCACCCUCUGACCCGCUAUGUGAUCAAUUACAUGAAGUACCUUUUUGAGUACAAGUCAACAUUUGAACAGCUACAGGACUCUAAAUCCGAAAGCAAGGAAAAUUUCCUAUUUGGGAAUGUGAUCAUGAGGGUUCUGCAAGCUCUUGAGUCUAAUCUGGAUAUGAAAUCCAAGCACUAUAGUGAUCCUGCUCUUGGUCCCUUCUUUUUGAUGAAUAACAUCUACUAUAUGUCAAAAUUUGUAAGAAGGUUGGACCCCAAGGAUUUUCCAUACAGUGAUUGGAUCGACAUGCAUAAAAGAGUUGUGCAAAAUAAUGCAUUGAUGUAUAAAAGAUCUGCUUGGGCAAAGGUUGUGGAGGUCCUCUCUACAAAGGGUUUAACAUCCCCAGGUAGUGAUAACAGCACAGACCAAAGCAAUCACAGGCUCAUUGUUUCAAAAAUUGUAGUGAAAAAUAGAUUCAAGUCUUUCACUGCGCUAUUUGAUGAGCUUCAUCAAAAACAUUGUCAAUGGGUCAUCGCUGAUACAGAAUUACGUGAAUCUUUGAAGCUCUCUGUUUCUGAGAUUCUAUUGCCUUCAUAUCGAAACUUUUACAAGCAUAUCGGGUCUAAACUUAAACCCGCUGACCUUGACAAGUAUGCGAAAUACAGCCUGGAAGACAUUGAAAACAAGCUAGAAGACCUUUUCCAGGGAAAGCCACCAAGUGAAACAAAAGCAGUGAAGACCAUAACAGAGUAAAUAACAGAGUAAUCUUACUAUUCAUUUAUAAUUUUUCUGCACAUAUUUAUACCUUCAAUUGGCACAAUUCUUUCAUUAAUCCUCAAUAAAAUGAACCACAUUAAAGGUGGUCAAAUAUUUGCAGAAAUAGUAGGCAGUUACAGUUCCUACUUCUGCAUAUAUAUACUUAUAUAUCUUUAUAUAAAUAAUAGAUGAUGAGGAUGUGUUGUUUCGACAUGAUAUCACAAAGAUGCAGAAUUCAUGUGGCUUCAUGAAAAUGCUGCUUGCGGCCAUCUUUACCAUCCUAGUUCUUACACUGAUCAUACUCAUAUCAAUUCUCUGCUGGUUUUUCUUUGGUCCUCGGAAGCCGGAGUUUGCCAUUUCUUCGGCUUCAAUCUCUUCUCUCAACAUCACUGGAUCAUCAUCCAUCACGGCCACCCAUUGACAUGGCUCUCUCCAUCACCAACUUCAACCAUAAGACCUCCAUCUCAUACAACCAUCUCUUGUCCUCAAUUCUUCAUGGAAACCACACAGUCUCUGAGUCUCAUCUCCCAGCCAUUCACCAGAGCAUUAGAGAGACCACCAUUGUGAGAUCCAUGCAAGCUCUAAUGGCUACCAAUGAUGUGAUGGUUUCCAUGUUUAAGGAGCUUGUGAUGAAUGACCACCUGGUGAGCUUCAACAUGACAAUCUCUGGUGUGGUUAGACUCAACCUCAAACCCUUGUCUUGGAUGUUGAUGAACUUGACCACCAAAUUGUUAGUCACUUGUGAUCACAUCCAUUUUGAGUUUAAGAAUUCCAGCUUUGCUCUCAUGCAAGGCCCUCCCAAGUACUGCACUUCAUUGAUCAAAGGUCUUCUCUA